GCUCGAGCGUUUGGCUGACCCGACGACGAUUUUUUUUGUGCUAUGUGUGUGUGAAUGUUCGCUGCAGACGCCAUAUUGUUUUUCGUCCAAACAGUGUGCAACAACAUAACCAUCGAUAUUUAUGUGAAAUAUCGCCGAAUGGAAAAUAUUCAAAACCUGUAAUGCAUCAGUUUAAAUUCUGUAAUAUAAUGUUCCAACACAGAACUAUACGUGUUUUUUUAAGAUUUGCCUUUAAUAGUUUUUCCGAAGCUCUUUACCCUAUCAAUUUCCAAUUCAUAAUGGUCGGGAAUAGGCUGAGCACAGUGUUGAGCAGCGAGUACACACAUCGUAUCGAUACUGGAUAUAAACAAUAACAAACAAUAAUACAUGGAACCGGAAUUGACGAGAAAGCGAUUUUACAGCCUGGGUGCUAAAUAUGCCGGCUCUACACAAGAGGAUCUGGAAGUGUACAUCAAAAACUACGGAGGGGACGUGGUGCGAAUAGAACUGGUGAACCGCCAGCAUGGGGCUCAGUGUCAAAGGCAGCUGCACCGGUUUCUGGUGCUCCUCUCCGUGUCGACCGUCUACUUCGUCAGCGUUUGGUGUCUCGGGGACAAACUCACUAGCUUUUGGCAGCCACGCAUCCUGUAUCCCAUUCUCAUUGUUACGACUCUUGCAACUGUAAUUGUUCGCACCGCCUUGGCUCUGGUUAAAACUGAGAAAUUGUUCUACAGUUGGGACAUGGCCCUGCAAACGGAGACGGUGCGAUCCUUUGGCCGGGAGUCCGUAUUUUGUGUGCAGCGCGGACACAUUCAUGACAUAGUGCUCAAUGAAGUGAUUGAAAACUUGGAUGUGAAGUACAUGCUAAUCUUGCGAACCAGAGGCAGCAUGUUCAAGAAACGACCCAUAAUACCAAUGUUCAAUAGCCAGUCGCCCUCGUUCGAGUGCUUGCAGCAUAUUUACCAAAUCCUGCAUCGAUACUGGCUGAAUAGCGAUAAGGAUCGAUCGGAGCACGCUUACAACAGGGACGAGCCCGCCAGUGUGGCGUCGCAGAGCUCUUCCAAUUUUUGAAGCUGUUGAUUAUGAUGUUUAUUAAAGAUAGAGGGUCGUUUAGUGUAUUUAAAAGUUUUC